CCUGUUCCACCUCUGCAAGCGGCUGCAGCAGCUGGGUUUGGAGCACCACACCGAGUGCCUGGCCUUGACGGCCACCAGGAAAGCCGUAGGUGCGGGCAUCGAGAUCAGCGGCGGGAGCUGUUCGCCUUCCUGAGGGACCUCGUCACGCCGGACUUGCUGCCUCAGCUCCACCUUCACUGGCUGUUCGGUGAUGGGAUCUGGGUUGCGCACAGGGAGGGCAGCUGAGGGGAGAGCAGUGGCUGCUUCAUGCAGCUGGAGGUUGUCAUCCCGGGGCUAAGCCAGGUUUUCAGUAGUGGGUUCUCUCUGGAGAGAUGCAUCACCACCUUGGCCCAGCACUAUGAAGAGUGUGUUUCUAAGAGCCCUCCUGAUGCUGUGACGUGCCCUGCUCCCCAUCCUGAUCACUGUGCUGCUCAGGCAGCUCCCCAAAGCUUGCCUCUUGCCCCUCUGGUGUGCCAGGGUGACACAUCCCAGAGCUCCAGCCAGGCUUCCCCUGCUGUGGCAGAAGCUCAGCAGCAGCUCUUGUCAGCCUCUCUUGCAGCUGUCAGGAGUCCUGUGAUUAUUCUCCAGAGUCUACCAGCAGUUCCCCAGCUCCUUGAGGCUCUUCAGUGUCAGCCUGAAACAUCCCAGUUUCUCCUCCAGGGUGAACCCACAACCCCUCAGUCCCUGUUAUAUCCUUCAUCUCCUACAGUAAAACUGGGGGCCACAAACCCCAGCAGGGAGGAGAUUAACCAAAGGACUGAGGAAGGCAUCAAACAGUCUUUGAGUGACAUUUGCACAGAGCCUGCUGCCAGUCUGUGCCUAAGUGAGCUGGCUGUGGUUCAGAAGUCCACCCAGCUCAUUGGCACCAGGAAGGACGCACUGAGUGUACGGAUCCUGGAGGAUGCCCACAGGGUGGACCUGAAAGGCCUGAGCAGCUGCACUUGCCACUUCAGCCAGGCCUUCCAGCUGCCCUGCUGGCACAUCUUGGCUGUGCUGGAUUCAAACAGGAGGCCCUCGCAGCCAGAGAUGCUCAGUAGGCCGUGGGAGAGGGGAUGCAAUGCCCAUCAGGCCGGGCAAGACAGUGCUGAUGGCCUCUUGGAGGUCCUGAAGAGCUUCUGGAACAAAUCUUUGUAUAAAUCCCAGGUGAUGUCCUUCCUUACGGCAGAGAUCAGAGGUGAAGCUCUAGCACUGAGCAGGAGCUGAGCUGGUGCUCCCACCGUGUCCUUGGUUCUGUGACCACUUCCCUGGGGAGCCUAUUCCAGUGCUCAACAACCCUCUGGGUGAAAAGCCUUUUGCUGAUAUCCAACCUAAACCUCCCUUUACUCCGCUCCAUGUUGUUUCAUUGAGUCCUGUCACUGGUCAUGAGAGUGAAGAGAUCGGUACUUGCCCCUCUGCUCCCCCUCAUGAGAAUGUUGAAGACCACAAUGAGGUCUCCCCUCAAUCCCCACUUCUCCAGGCUGAAAAAAACAAGUUCCUUCAACCACUUCUCAUAAGGCUUCCUCUCCAGACCCUUCACCAUCCUUGUGACCCUCCUUUGGAUGCUCUCUAAUAGCUUAGUGUCUUUUUUAUAUUGUGGAUUCGAGGUGAGGCUGCACCAGUGAAUAUUAGAGCAGGACAAGUAGAGCAGGACGGUCACCUCCUUUGAGUAGCUGGCGAUGCUUUGCCUUAUGCACCCCAGGACACAGUGGGCCCUCCUGUCUGCCAGGGCACUGUUGAUUCAUAUUCAAAUUGCCAUCAGCCAGGACCCCCAGGUCCUUUCCCAGAGCACUGCUCUCCAGCCUCUUGUUUCCCAGUCUAUACACACAACCAGGGUUGCCCCAUCCCACGUGCAGAAUCUGGCACUUGCCCUUGUUAAACUUCAUAUAGUUGGUGAUUGCCCAUCUCUGAUUUGUCAAGGUCUCUCUGCAGGGCUUCCCUGCCUUGGAGGGAGUCAACAGCUCCUCGCAAUUUGCUGUCAUUGGCAAAUUUACUUAGUAUUCCUUCCAGUCUUGUGUCCAGGGCAUAAAUGAUGUUGAAGAGAACUGGGCCAAGGAUGGAGCCCUGCAGAACCCCACUAGUGACCAGAUACCAACCUGAUGUCAAUCACUACAAGUGUUUAUGCCUGACCUGUGAACAAGUUGCUCACCCAUCGCAUAAUAUGGUUAUCCAGCUGUGGGCUGGACAUCUUGUCCAGAAGAAUCCUGUGAGAGACAGUAUCAAAAGCCUUGCUGAUGUCCAAAAAGACUAUGUAUACUGGCUUUCCUAGGUGAACUAGGUACUGAAGUGAGGCUGACAAGCCUGUAGUUUUUGGGGUCCUCCUUCUUGCCCUUCUUAAAAAUCGGGACAACGUUCAUCAGCUUCCAGUCAGCUGAGACCUCUCCAGAUUUCCAGGACUGCUCAAAAAUCAUCGAGAGAGGCUUUGCAAUGACAUCAGCUAGUUCUUUGAGGAUUCUCAGAUGAAUCCCAUCAAGCCCCAUAAUAACAUGUGACAAAAUUAUUUCAUCUGUGGCCAGCACCCACAGGUCCUUGCACCAUCCAGCUGUGGGGUGUUGUGCAACA